AGAAUGUGAUUGUGGAGUCGUCGAUUUACUUUCCGCUCAAAUCUCCCAGCGCAUGAAAGCAAAGAAAAACGAAACAAACAAAACAGAAAAGAAAGAAAAAAAAGGAUUGCAAGUAUUAUCAAGUUUUCGGAAAUUUAGAAGGUAAAGAUUUACUACAGGGUUUGGUGAAGAAGAUGGAUUCAUUUCAAGAGGAUAAUAAUUGGCCUCUCAUAGAUUAUUCUGCUAUCAUUGAAGAUGCAGCUUCUACUGAUUUUUAUUGGAGUAAUCAAAGCUCAUGCAUGGAACUUGAUCCUUCAUCCACUGGCGUUUUGACUCAAGAAAUUGUAGGCACGAGGAAAAGGUCACGCAAUGAGGCAUCCAGCAAGUUGGGCACCAAAGCUUGCCGUGAAAAAAUGCGAAGGGACAAGCUGAAUGACAGGUUUUCAGACUUGAGCUCCAUUUUGGAGCCUGGGAGACCUGCCAAAACUGACAAAUCUGCAAUACUCAGUGAUGCUACAAGGGUAUUAAACCAGCUAAGAACUGAAACUCAGGAGCUGAAAGACUCGAACGAAAAACUUCAAGAGGAGAUUAAAAGUUUGAAGACGGAGAAGAAUGAGCUUCGUGAAGAAAAACUAUUACUGAAGGCAGACAAAGAAAGGAUAGAGCAACAGGUGAAAUCCAUGAAUGUUCUCCCAACAGGUUUUGUAUCACCACACCCAGCAGCAUAUACACCAGGAGUUAACAAGAUGAUGGCAUACCCUAACUAUGGUGGGUACCCGAUGUGGCACUGGAUACCUCAAACCUCCCUCGACACAUCUCAAGAUCAUGUUCUCAGGCCUCCUGUGGCUUAGAAAUUUGACAAGAGUUCUUUCAACAUUCCCAGAAGCUUGUUCAAAAGUUUUACCUGCUACUAAAUGUAAAUCUCUCCAUCACCUUUAUCUGCCUUAUUUUUUGCUGCAAAUGAAGAGAAUGUCUAAAAUGUGAUCUCUACAUCUCUAGGAUAAAAGAACUGAUCAAUAUCCAGUGGUCUCUGGAAACAAUUACAUUGAUUAUCAAACUCAUGGAUUUCUGUAUCACACAAGUUUUGGUCUAAAUAUGUUAACUGAUGCAGAAUAACUUCAUCUUACUGAA